GGCUAGUUCAAUUUGUUAUUGAUUUCUUUUUUUUUCUUUUCCUUUGUUCACUUUUUUCUUCCUCAUCCAGUUUAUAUACAAAAGAAUAUUGUUUUUUUAUAUAUUCUUUUGUUCAUUUUAUUACACGCUUAUUUUUAUUUUAUCAUUUUUUUUAUUUUACCUUUGAAACCCUUCCUCUUUUUAUUACUUGAUUAUUUAUACGUGUGCAUCUGAAUCGUUACAAAAGAUGCACUCUAUGUUUUAGUUUUUUUUCCCUUUUUCUCCCUUUUUUUAUAUAUAUAAAAAAAAAGUUUUUUUAAAAAAAAGUACACCCUCUUUCUUUCUUCUUCUGAAAGAAAAUCUCCUCUUAUAAAGAUGGCUUACUACUACAUGUUUAAUGGAAAGCACGUUGGAAACGAUGUCGAUUGAUACAGAAACAAAGCAACAAACAAGUAUAUACUCAAGUGAAUUACAACAACAACAACAACAAAAAGAACAACAAGAACAACAAACGAUGCCUAUAGCUUCGCCUACAACAACAACAACAACAACAAACAAUAAUAUGAAUAAUACAACAACCAAUAUUGAUCCUUUUGCAUUCUUGGAUGAUGACAGUUCAUUAUUUCAACCUUUGGACUUGUUCAACAAGGAUGCAUGCUUCAAUCAAUUCUUUUCCGACCCUUCAUCACCAUCAUCACUCUCAUCUAUCAGCAUGGACAGUCCUCCCAGUGCUCUUUUACAAGAUUCUAUGUUUGGUUUGACCUAUUCAAAUUUGUCUUCUCCUGUGGAUCAAUUCCUUCAAUUAGAUGAAUUGGAUAUGUCUUCAAAUUCUGCUCCUACUGAUACUAUGACAACAACGUCUAUGGAUGUGACCCCUCUCAAUACUACCACCAAUAACAAAUCUUCUUCUACAUCUUCUUCAUCUGGUGUAUCUAGUCCUGUCAAGCGUACCAUUCGUAAGAAGACUCCUCCUCCUGGUCAAGCUACAAUGCCUAUUCGUGUAUGUGCCAAGGCUACCCGUCCUCCUCGUCAUAUGGAAUGUUUCAAUUGCAAGGUAACCAAGACACCUUUGUGGCGUCGUACUCCAGAUCGCAAACAAACUUUAUGUAAUGCCUGUGGAUUAUAUUACAAGCAAUACAAUGCUCAUCGUCCUCUUCAAGUUCGUCACAAAAUGCCUAAUCGUCCUCAUCCUUAUGCCAAUGAUCGUCCUAUUAUUGAUUCUAUCAAGAUGGUUGACAAUUCUACUAUUACCUCUUCUUCUCCUUCUGCUUCAUCUGAUGAUACUCAACAACAACAACAACAAGAAGAUCAGGAACAAGAUAGUGUUCAUCAAUGUGUUAACUGUCAACAAACCAAAACUCCUUUAUGGCGCAAGAAUGAACGUGGUGAAUCAGUAUGCAAUGCUUGUGGUUUAUAUUCAAGAUUACACCAUCGGGAUCGACCUGCUAAGAUGCGAAAGACUACCAUUCAACGUCGACGUCGGGAUUGUUGGACCAUGGAAGAAGAUCAUCAACAACAACAAGAACAGCAACAACAAGAUAUAUCCCUUCAUGGAAAUGCUUUGAUGUCUACUUUUUCUAUUGCUACUCCUAUGAUGAUCAAGUCAGAACAACAACAAAAUGAACCAGUUCUAUCACCAUCUACUUCAUUGACUUCUUCUCCUUCUUCGCCUGCUAUGGACGAUAUUGUGAUGACAACACCAACUUCUACUCCUCAUGUAAAUGACAAACCUGUUUUGGAUUUGAAUGAAGAUGCACGAUUUGCUUCUUUAUUGGUACAAAUGAAUCGUGAUCAAAUGCAAGGCUUCUUGGGUAUGCUGGAACAACGAUGUAAUGUAUUACGCACUCUCUUGGAUUUUCCUGAAAAUGUUUCUCUUUAGAUACUAUUUUAUCUUUUUAUCAUUAUUACUUUUUUAUGAUUAUCAGUAUAUAUUAGUUUUUUUUUUUUUUUUUUAAUCAGUC